UUUCCAACUUUUCCCCACCCAACGAUCUUCUGAAUUCUUCUUUCCUCCGCUUCCCACACCACUUGCUCUCAUCUACCUUCGCUCUAAAUUACCACAACCGUUCAACCCACACCCAGAAUCCUUAGAACGAUGUCUAACGGCUCAGCACCCGCUUCGCCUGCAGUCAAACCCGCCUCUACAGCUAAACCUGUUUCGGAGGCUAAGAAACCUGCUUCGUCUUCUAGGGCUCCUACUGCCAGAACCGCGAAGAAACCGGCAUCCACCAAGAAGGCUGCCACGAAAUCUACCACCACUAGGACUGCUGUGAAACCCAAACCGAAGGUCACUGCCGCAACCAAGGGUCCCUCCGCUCAUCCUUCGUGGAAAGAUAUCAUUAAGGAAUGCAUCACUGAGAACAAAGAAGAUACUCGUAUUGGUGUUUCCAGGAACACCAUUAAGAAGUAUGCUGAAGAAAAGUACAAGAUUGAGUUCACGCCCACGAACUUAUACCAGCUGAGCCGUGCCAUCAAUUCUGGUGAAGAGUCUGGUAUGUUCGUACUGCCCAAAGGACCAUCGGGCAGGGUUAAGCUCGCCCCUAAGAACAAGACGCCUGCUGCCAAGGAGAACUCUACACCUGUUGCUCCCAAGACCAGCAAGACGACCACUGCUAAGAAGCCCACUGCCAUCAAGGCUCCCGUGACUAAGGCAACCACCAAGUCUAACGCUAAGACGUCUGGUAAAUCCACUGCUACCACCGCUGCUAAGAAGCCUGCUGCAAAAAAGGCGCUUGCGGGCAAACCAAAGGUGGUUACCACAAAGAAGACCACAAGCGCUUCGAAGCGCGGUGCUGCAAAGAAGGCAGCUACCGGUACCAACACCGUCACCAAGGCGAAGACGGCUGUUAAAAGGGUAAACACCACGAAGAAGGCACCCGCCGCGAAGAAGGCAACUACUGGGGCUGGAGCCAAGUCACGCUCCAAGGCAAAGAAGGGCGUGUAAUUUUCUUGUGAUCAUUUCUAUUGGCAGUACAUUAUUUCCUAUCGCUUGAUUAUGUUGGUAUCCGUAUCCGUUUGUAUUGUAUAUUAUCAUUAUCGAGAGAUGAAAACCCGAGUAAAUUGAGCGAGGC